GUGAUCCUGUGGUAGGGAAGUGAAGUGAUUGCCCAGAGGUAAAUAUUAAUGUGCCUUAACGGUCGUUGAACGGGGCACUUUUCAGCUCAAAACAACAUGACCUAAACGUAUUUUAAAUACUCGAUGGAUCAAAAACGGCGGGACAAAUAAAAACCUACAGCAGACCGACGGUUGGGCAGCGCGUGACGUGGAGUGUCGUUUGAAUGUCGGCCAAGCAGCGCGAGAGGAGGCACGUCGCCUGAGUUUAUUGUUCAACUGUGUGAUGAUGGUUAAGCACGAGAUGAAGAAUGUCGUUUAAAUGACGGAUGGACAUCGCGAGGACUUAAAUGUCGUCUGAGUGACACUGAAGCCGCGCGAGAUGAGUUGACUGUCUAGUCAACAAUUGAACAUUAUUAGCUUAGCUUUCUGAGUUGACGGUGUUAUUUUGGACGACUCCUGUUGUUAUAAAGCUCGAAAACAACAGCAGGUCAUGACAAUAUAAUAACAUCGUCAGUAUAAUCAUUAUUUGGGAUGUUUCGGGGGAAACUGAUGUUUUGAGAAACAUACAUAGUUGUAUUUCAACUUUUAACUUUUGUGAACUGAUGUGUUGCCAUUUUACCAUCCGUAAUAUAAGUCAUUUUGGGACAUUACAUUUGACAACAUCUUGUUGGAAUGUCGGAACAUUUUGUUUAGGAAAAGCAACAAUCGGACUAUCUAGGAAAAGUAUUUUGCCUCAUCUGUGAUCAGACCAAAUUAGGGCUUGGUUUGUAACAAGUUAACUAAAUCUGUUUGUGAGGUUACAUUUCUGCUCCAAUCAGGAGCUGCUGUCUGUGUAUACACAGGAUAGUGUGUCUGUAUUCUCCUUCCUCUGUUCUCUAAAUUUCCUUAAAAUGAAAAACUGUGAGUAUCAACAAAUAGACCCCCGAGCACUCGGAGCAUCCACCACUCCGACCUCCACCCUGCCAUUUGGGAGGAAAGGCUCCCAAAGCCUCAGGAGGAAAUGGGAGGUUUUCCCUGGUAAAAAUCGCUUCUACUGUGAUGGACGUGUUAUGUUGGCCAGGCAGUGCGGUGUGCUCCCGCUGACCAUCAGCCUUAUUUUCAUCACCAGUGGCUUAUUUUUUACAUUUGAUUGCCCCUUUCUGGUGGACCACCUCACCGUCUUCAUUCCAGUGACUGCUGGGGUGUUAUUUGUAUUUGUGGUCAUCAGCCUCCUCCAGACCAGUUUUACAGACCCAGGGAUUUUACCAAGGGCUUUGGCAGAUGAGGCUGCAGACAUUGAGAGGCAAAUUGAUAAGUCUGGAUCCUCAACAUACCGUCCACCUCCUCGCACUAAAGAGAUCCUUAUAAAUGACCAGGUGGUCAAACUCAAGUACUGUUUCACCUGCAAGAUGUUCCGUCCACCUCGGACAUCCCACUGCAGCCUGUGUGACAACUGUGUGGAAAGGUUUGAUCACCACUGUCCUUGGGUGGGGAACUGUGUUGGGAAACGCAACUAUCGCUUUUUUUACACCUUCAUUGUUUCACUGUCCUUUCUGACCUCCUUCAUCUUUGGCUGUGUGAUCAGUCACCUCACUUUACGAUCGCAAGACAUGAAUAGUAUCAUCAAGGCAAUAGAGGAGAGCCCAGCCAGUAUUGUUGAGCUGGUCAUUUGCUGCCUCUCCAUCUGGUCGAUUCUGGGUCUGUCAGGUUUCCAUACUUACCUGGUGGCCACCAACCUCACAACCAAUGAAGAUAUCAAAGGCUCUUGGUCCAGUAAGAUAGGGGAAGAAUCAGGGAAUCCUUACAGCUAUAACAACAUUUCUACAAACUGCUGUGUGGUGCUUUGUGGGCCGAUGCCACCCAGCUUGAUUGAUAGAAGAGGCUUUUUGCCUCCUGAUGACACACCUCAAACAGUCACCUCUGAGACUGAGUUUCCUUCUUUCAUGGCCAAGAAUGACACAAAUAUGUGUGCACAGGGCACAAAGGAGUUUUUAGAAACUGUGGUGCACUCCUCUGAGAUCCAGAGCACCUGUACUCCAGGCACACCCAAAAACACCCUGGUGAUCCAAGAGAGUCUGCUCAGCACCGUCUCCAUCACUGUCUCUGCCCCCAGCAGGCCUCCCUUUACUGGCUGCUCAGGCCGUCAGGCCCGACGCCCCAUAGAUAUGCCCUGCCCCCAGAGAGGGAGCAAACAGGCUGCUCUCCACGCCCAUAAACCCUUGUUGCAUCUACCCAGCCCCCCGUACUCCUUCAGUCACAGUCCGCUCAUUCUUAGUGAUGCUCCCAACAUGGGCUUUAUCCCACUGCACUGAGCGCAGGGUCACUGCCACCAGCAGCAUUGCGCAUAUAUUCUCUUCUCUGUCACUCACCACUCUGAAAACAGCAUCACACUGUUUUAAGGAACUGUGAUAAAUAAAACUCAGGAUCUUCUCAGGAAAUAUGCCAUAAUUCGACAAACGAGAAUACACCUGCUUUGAACAUAAGGCUGUCCAACAGUUGGUAUCUUUUUGCAUUGCAGACGAGUUUCAAGAUUUGUUUCCUUAAGCAUCAGCGGGAAACACAAUACAUCUUUCCAGAAGAUGGCCUUUUUUUUUUUUUUUUUGUCCUUUUGCACAAGAUUGAAACAUUGAGCUAUUUUUCAGGCUUUUUGAAUCUUAGACCUAAUGCAAUAUUUAUAUGAUUUGAAAGGUUAUUUUGGUCUGAGAAAGCCUUACUUCAAGUCACCAGACAUUUGUCUUUUGUUUAUUUUUGUGAUGUUGUAGACCUCUUGCGAUUUUAAAUAAUUUGUCUAAAUUAUUCACAUCUACAGGGAAGUAGAUAGAAUGGCGAUUUACGAAGGGGUUGUGGACUGCUCAAAGGAAUAGUUCACCCAAAAUUGAUAAUUCACUCACUUUUAUGCUGUCUCAAAUUCAUAUAAUUUUCUUUCUUCUGUGGAACAUAAUCCAUAUGACUCGAGUGGUUUAAUCCAUGUUAAUAGUUGUUUUUUGGUGAGAAACAGACCAAAAUGUAACUCCUUUUUCACUAUAAAUCUUGACAUCUGCAGUCUUCUAAGUGCGAUCAUGAUUUGAAGCUUGAUCACAUUGAAAGUUUUGGACCUCAUUGACUUGCAUUGGCUGAUUGUGAAUAGGGAAUUACUACAAUGGCAUUUGUAACUUAAAACUUGAUUUUGAACGAUGCUGCAUCUACUCCAUUAGGUGUCACCGUAAAUCCAAGAUUACACGAUCGAAAAGAAAAAAAAAAUUUCCACAGAAGAAAAAGUCAUUCAAGUUUGAGAUGGCAUAAGGGGAAGUAAAUAAUGAGAGAAUUAUAAUUUCUGGGUGAAGUAUUAUUGUAUGUACGUUACACACUGUUACUGUUGGUCAGGAGUAAUUUACCUGUACUCACUAACGCUUUCAGUGAAUUAACAUAUUUCUGUUUGUUGUGUGUCCUUUUAGUAUUUCUUACUUUUCAUUAGUGGGUCAAGUAUGUUAGGAUUUAUUAUUGUUAAUAAAGUGUUGUUUUUUUAAGCUUGAGAGAAAAGCUGUUGUAACUAAAACCUUUUUGCCUUGAGAUAUGUUAAAUCAGUUAUAUCAUAUAAUUGUUAUUAAAUGAGAGUCUGGCACUGUAAUUAAUUUGACAGUUUAAGUUUCAGAGAUGUCUUGCACAUUUAACUGAGAACUAGACCUUAUUGAAGUUUGUCACUGCCAGUGUUGGAAGGAAAUUAAAAUAAUGUAUUACUUGUGUUUUUGUCCUUCUUUCAAGAUAAGACUGUUUAAUUAGGAGCAAGUUAAAGUCCAUAAAGUAAUAAACAAAUGUCCUUUUCACUUA